GAGAGAUAAACUUGUUACCAACAAGUAACAUCAAAAUAAUCACUCAUGAAGUCUAAUCAUGAGAAGAUAUUCAAGUUUCGCUAAGAUGGUAAAUUGCUUGGUGGAUUUGGUCAGGUCAGUGUGUUUUGUUUGCUGAUUUAUCUCCUUACACUGCUAGACUUGACAUCUAAAUCCACGAACGAGCCUAAAUUGCGGGUUUGUGGCCAUAGCAAAUAUUGCUCAAAUAAAGGCGGUCGAGGUUUUUCGUGCUUGGCAAAUGGUUCGUUUCGGUUUCAUACCAGGACGUCGGCAGGCUGUUGACUCCCCCUGUUCGAAUCCUUCAGCCGGGUACAACAUAGCACGAGCCCAAAUUUUUCAGCUGAAUUAGAAGAGACGGGACGAUCUAAGUGUCUAGGGAACCUGGGUAGGUGGCAUGUAGAUAAUGAACCAACAGCGUUGUAUUGCGGUCCAGGUGGGGAGGGGAAGGGGGAUUGAGAUUUCGUUUGAUAUGGAUCUGUUAUUAGGGUAUAUACAUACGUGGGUUCACUCGCGAUGGUUGACUAGCCUUACCACUCUUGCACUACAUACAUAUCACGUAUGUAUGUGUCUGUUGUGAGGCUUCUUCUGUGAAGGGUCUGGUUUAGGUUUUCUUUACUUUCACUUCUUUCCUGUCCAAACGGCCUGUGUGAAUGCUCCGGCUAGCAUUCGUUUUAAUAUUUCCGCUCGUUCGUUAGGUGACCGCAACAUUCCGUCGUCAUGUAUUGUCUACCAGCUUUCGCUUUGGCCUCUUGGUCAUUAUUAGCAUCAACAACUAUUGCUAAGCCAAUCACCGACUUGACACCAUUGGCUCCUGCUCGACGCGAUGUUCAACUUGUGACGCCGCAUUCGAAGAGAUCGAUGGUAAAGCGUGAUGCUAAUACGACUUUUGACUUGGGAUUUGAGGCUAAGGACAUUACACUCUUUGAUGGUGACUGGCAAGCCUUAGGCCAGACCUUCUCACUUUCACUCGCUUGUGUUGAAUGCCGAACAUGGGGCACACUAGAAGCAUCAGCUGCUUUUCCAGAAGACCUCGAGGACCUUAUCGGGGACCUGAGUGACCUGAACCCAUUGAACGAUGCCAGCGUAUCAGUUGGCUUCCGUGGUGUCGGCGCCCUCGUCGAUCUAAGUUUGACCACUGGCGGAAAUGGUCAAUUUGAAUUACCACUCUUCGUGACUGAAACUCCCCUUGGGAUUGCCGGCCCUGGGUUCCAAAUUGGUAUUGUCUUUGGGGUGGACCUAGUACUGGGUAUCACUGGCAAGGUUGAGACUGAGGGUGGUUUCCAAGUCGCCAUUCCCGACGGUUCAUCGUUCACUAUUCCAUUAGACCCUACUGCCGCCAACAUUGCCAAAUUCGACGGCGCAUCAGCCUCCCUCCUCCCCCUAACCGCCAGCGCCCCCGCCAACGUAACCGCCGCGUUACGCCUACGCGUCCAAGCCGGCAUCGAGCUUCCCUCAAGUCCCCUCCUCGAAGCCAAAGCCCUAGCCGGGGCCUACAUCAACAUCCCCGAAGUAAUCCUAGGCGAGCAAUUCGCGCUCCCGCCACCAAACGGCAGUACCUGCAUCCUCCCCGCCAACGCCGAGAUAAACAUAAACGCCGGUGUAUUCAUCGACGUCGGCGCCGACGUCGGGGACUUGCAAAUCGCAGAUUUCAACCCCAAGCUUAGCACCACAUUAUUCAGCGCCGCGGCGAGUACAUGUUUCCUCACCGCGGGCCAAGCCACAUCCACCGCCCCAGCAAUCGGAACCGGAACUGGAAUCGGGGGAGCUUCUAGGACGAUUCCGUGCCCGGUAGCUCUUACAACAGAAACCAAAACAACAAUGACUUCCUUCGCAAUAACAUCCUGCGCAGCCCCCGUGCCAAAUUGUCCCGCCAGUCUAACACAAGUCAUCGUCCUCUCGCAACCCGCGACCGUGACAUCUUCCGGAUGCCCCGUCUCCGUGAACGCGACUACAUCCACUGCACCAUUUGCCAAUGCUACUGCCCCAGCAGCGGGUAACGGUGGCGCAGGCGCGGGUGCGAUAUCGUUGACUAGUCUUACGGCUCCUGUUACAAAUACAUUAACUAUCGACCCGUCGAUCUCGACGCCUGAUGUACCGAGUAUCACGGCCUCGGCUCGUACUACUGAAACUGCCAGUGCAGGGAAUGGAGAGGCUGCGGCGGAGGACGGUGUGACGACGUAUUACGUUACGGUUGCUCCUACAAGUUGUGAUUGUAGUGAGUCGGCGGUGCCCUCGGCGUGAGAUGUCUUGAAGGGAUGGAGGAGAUGGAUGUAUAAUAUUCGAAGUUGAGUGUAUUUUUCUGGUAGGCGUCAGGGGGCUUUAAAUUCUCAAGACGUUAGAAAAGUCAUCUAGGAAGAUGCGUUGAUACCCAAGUGCGACGAAAUUCGGCCGGGUAGGAUAGGUAGCUUUAGUAGCUGAAGUUGCCGGUUUAUGUAAUAAUUAACCCCUUUUCCCUUACUAUGAAGACCAACCAUGUUUAUCCAAAGUGAGUUUAAAGAAUCAUACCUAAACUCUUGUUC